CAACAGUUACAUGAGUUUACGAAGCUUCUAGACUUGAUUCUAGAGGCGUAUUAUAAAUAGUAAUGUUAUGAUAUCAUAUAUGAAAUAACUAACUAAACCAAAAUAAUGGACAUCUUUCGUUCAGCUGCAUGAGCAGUGAUGAUUGUUAGAGUGAGACCUGGUGGAAAUUUUAGCUGAAUUUUGUUUUUGUUUGGGAGUAUAUCAAAUGAUCAAGAGAAUGUCCUCAACAAAGCUUCAACUGUCCAGAUAUGUCCAGAUGGUUCUGGAGAAUGAAUUGAAGGAGACAACAAAAGCCUUUGAAGAGGAUGACAUCAGAGCAUUGUUGAAAACUGACAGCAAACCCUUAAGUCCAAGGGAGACAAUCAUUGGAUACCCAUCCUAUCCACUUUACAGAGAGAUUGGCAAUAUGCUACAGCAAUGGAUGGAGAAUAAAUAUUGUCCAGUUUUAGAUCUACCUAAAUAUGAUCUUUUGGAUGAAAAAUCCUACACUCAGGCAAGAGAAGCCAAUUUCAAAACUAUCACCCCAUUGUUGGAGGGCCUACAGAGCCUAUGGGAACUGUGGAGUGAGGAGGAAAUUGCACACAGAGUCAAAGAUAUACUUAUAAUUCUGGGGAAGAGAGGCAUGCUUGAUUUAUUGGGGGUGAGAAAGACAGUGGGGACUCAAGAAAUCUGGCCGGCCAGUCGAGAGCUACUGGAAAGAUCCUUCACAGUAAAGCACAGUCCCAAUGCAGAGAUCAGUGUUGGAGCCAGAGCACUGUCCAAACACUUCCAUAGAGACAACUCAACCUCUUGGUGGGGAGGCUGUACAGGAACUGAAAAACAGAAGAAUGAGUAUGCAUUGUCCAUAGUGAAUAAAAUUUUAGACACCGCAACCUGGAUUAACAUUCACUGGUUACCACAUGAUGUUUACAUACUAGAAGUCAGACAGGAAGAAGGAUAUGGUGCUCGAUGGACGGCAGAUGGUUCUUCUUUCAGAGGUUUCCUUGAGCCACAAAUGGUGGAUGGCCAUGCAGUUGGCUGGAAACACUGAAUUCUUUAUGUGGCUGCUACAAGACCAGAAUAAACUGCAAAAAUACACAUAAUACUAAGCAGUUUUUUCCCUUAUGCCCCUUUGAGAAUAUGUCACACAUGUUUGGAGCCACCAUGUCUUUAUUUGGUUUUAAUUUUGCAAGAUCAUUUUGCUAAAAAGAUAUAAGGAUUUAUUAUGUUUGUGUAUAGAUAAGGAAAAUGUUUCAUAUCUUUGUUCUUUUAGGAAUUGUACUGUAAACCAAAUUUAUUGGAACAAUAUUUUUUAUGCUUAUUUUAACAAGAUUGUCUUGACAUGAAAAUUACAUUCUCACAAACAACAAGAAGCAGCUUUGGUCACUAGAUAAUAAGUGGGAACUAUUAAAAAAAAAUUGCAAAUAAUCACAAAUUAAUUGUCUGUUGUGGUAGUCUGUUGUGAGUUUACAUAAUGAUAGUUUAUGUGAGUAAUCUAUAGAGAAUGAUGAUAGUCUAUGAUGAAUUUACUGUACGUUUACAGUGUGUGUUUAUAGAGAGUUUACAGUGUGUGUUAUAGAGAGUUUACAGUGUGAUGGUCUAUAGAGAGUUUACAGUGUGUGUUAUAGAGAGUUUACAGUGUGAUGGUCUAUAGAGAGUUUACAGUGUGUGUUUAUAGAGAGUUUACAGUGUGAUAAUCAAUGGUAAUUGGGAUGCUUUUAAUUUUCAUUUAUGUUAUUUUUUUAUUAUAUUGUAAUUUUUAUUUAUUUUAUUAGUACAACUUGAUUUUUGUUGAAUCUUUGUAUAAUCUGUAAGACAGAUUUAGUGAUUGAAAAUUCAUGAUUUGCACUUACUAAGUAUAAAGACUAAUUAAUUUGUAUGUUACAUUAAUGAAUGUGAAAACUUUUCAGAACUAUUGAGCUAUUAAAUUGUUGUAGAUAGAUAUCUUUCCAUAACUCUAAAUAUUAGCAGUGGGUUUGAUGGUCAUUUGGAACAUUACCCAGCAGUAAAUUGGAUAACCAUC